AUGGCACCGGCCGCGCGCACCCUAUUGUUGUCUCACACAGGUCUCAGGUCUGGCAAACUCGGGGAGCAGUGCGAAGCUGUCGUUCGUUUUCCCAGGCUCUUCCAGAAAUAUCCCUUCCCUAUUCUCAUUAAUUCUGCUUUCCUAAAGCUAGCUGAUGUUUUCAGAGUUGGAAACAACUUCCUGAGGCUGUGUGUGCUCAAAGUUACUCAGCAGAGUGAGAAGCACUUAGAGAAGAUUCUCAAUGUGGAUGAGUUUGUGAAAAGAAUUUUCUCAGUAAUUCAUAGCAAUGAUCCAGUUGCUCGGGCCAUUACACUUCGGAUGUUGGGCAGCAUGGCGUCUAUAAUUCCAGAAAGGAAGAAUGCACAUCACAGUAUUCGUCAGAGUCUGGAUUCCCAUGAUAAUGUGGAAGUUGAAGCUGCUAUAUAUGCUGCUGCUAACUUUUCUGCGCAAUCAAAGGAUUUUGCUGCAGGAAUAUGUAAUAAGAUCAGUGAGAUGAUUCAAGGUUUAGCCACACCUGUGGACUUGAAACUGAAGUUGAUCCCUAUUCUGCAACACAUGCAUCAUGAUGCUAGCCUGGCCUCCAGCUCCCGGCAGCUGCUUCAGCAGCUGGUAACAUCAUAUCCUUCUACCAAGAUGGUCAUUGUUACCCUGCACACGUUUACUCUGCUUGCUGCUUCCUCUUUGGUUGACAUUCCUAAACAGGUCCAGCUUUUGUUGCAAUACUUGAAGAAUGACCCCAGGAAGGCUGUGAAGAGGCUUGCGAUCCAAGACUUGAAGUUAUUGGCCAAUAAGACACCACAUACGUGGAGUAGAGAAAAUAUUCAGGCACUCUGUGAAUCUGCUCUUCACACUCCUUAUGACAGCUUGAAACUGGGCAUGCUGUCCGUUCUUUCCACACUAUCAGGGACCAUUGCCAUUAAGCAGUACUUCAGCAGUGCUCCAGGAACAGCCACUACAUCUGCAAGAUCGUUUGAUUUAGUAAAACUAGCACAGGAGUGCUGUUACCAUAAUAACCGUGGCAUUGCAGCUCACGGAGUGAGAAUUCUGACCAAUAUAUCAGCCUCUUGUCAGGAGAAAGAUCUCCUGCCGUUGGAGCAAGAUGCAGUUUUUGGAUUAGAGUCUCUUCUUGUUCUUUGUAGUCAAGAUGGCAGUCCAGGAGCUCAAGCAACCUUAAAGAUCACAUUAACUUGUAUGGUGAAGUUGGUCAAGUGCCGUCCCCACCUGAGCCAGUCAGUGGUUGAAUCCCUGUUGACCCAGUUGCACAGUGCCCAGGAUGCUGCUAGGAUUCUCAUGUGCCACUGUUUAGCAGCUAUUGCCAUGCAGCUGCCUGUCCUAGCAGAUGGAAUGCUAGGAGACCUCAUGGACCUCUAUAAAGUCAUUGGACGAUCUGCCACAGAUAAGAAACAGGAACUCUUGGUGUCUCUUGCCACAGUGAUAUUUGUUUCCAGUCAGAAAGCUUUAUCUUCAGAAGUCAAAACUGUUAUCAAACAGCAGCUUGAGAAUGCCUCUAAUGGAUGGACAGCCUACAGGAUAGCCAGGCAGGCUUCCAGAAUGGGCAACCAUGACAUGGCCAGAGAGCUGUAUCAAAGCCUGCUGACUCAGGUGGCUUCAGAACACUUCUACUUCUGGCUGAACAGUUUGAAGGAGUUCUCCCAUGCAGAGCAGUGUUUGACAGGUUUGCAAGAGGACAACUAUAGUUCAGCACUUUCUUGCAUUGCUGAAGCAUUAAAAUCUUAUCACAAGGGAAUAGCAUCACUGACGGCUGCCAGUACCCCACUUAAUCCUCUGAGCUUUCAGUGUGGGUUUGUGAAACUCAGGAUUGACCUUCUGCAAGCUUUUUCUCAACUCAUUUGUACCUGCAACAGCCUAAAAACAAGUCCACCACCAGCUAUUGCCACCACAAUUGCUAUGACAUCGGGAAAUGAUCUCCAAAGGUGUGGACGCAUCUCUAACCAGAUGAAACUCUCCAUGGAGGAAUUCCGAAACUUGGCUACACGUUAUGGAGAUCUGUAUCAGUCAUCUUUUGACGCAGACUCGGCAACUCUAAGGAACGUAGAAUUACAACAGCAGAGCUGUCUGUUGAUUUCACAUGCGAUAGAAGCCCUGAUCUUGGAUCCAGAAUCUGCAAGUUUCCAAGAGUAUAGUUCAAAUGGAACAGCGCAUGUUGAGAGUGAAUAUGAAAGAAGAAUGAUGUCUGUAUUUAACCAUGUAUUGGAAGAAGUGGAAUCCCUCAACAGGAAAUACGCUCCUGUGUCUUACUUGCAUACAGCUUGUCUAUGCAGUGCUGUCAUUGCCUUGUUGAAGGUACCCCUUUCAUUUCAAAGGUACUUUUUCCAAAAACUGCAGUCUACAAGCAUUAAGCUUGCUCUAUCUCCAUCUCCAAGGAACCCUGCUGAGCCUAUUGCAGUACAGAACAAUCAGCAACUGGCCUUGAAGGUGGAAGGAGUGGUUCAGCAUGGCUCUAAACCAGGCCUUUUCCGCAAAAUCCAGUCCGUCUGUCUAAACGUAUCUUCAGUGCUGCAGAGCAAAUCUGGACAAGACUAUAAGAUUCCUAUUGACAACAUGACCAAUGAAAUGGAACAGAGGGUGGAACCACACAACGACUACUUCAGCACUCAGUUUCUGUUAAACUUUGUGAUACUUGGCACCCAUAACAUCACAGUAGAGUCCUCUGUCAUUGAUUCAAAUGGCAUUGUUUGGAAGACUGGGCCUAAAACAACUAUUUUUGUAAAAUCUCUUGAGGAUCCAUACUCCCAGCAGGUUCGUCUCCAGCAACAGCAAGGACAGCCGCCAUCACAGCAGCAACAGCAAAGAACAGCAUACUCACGGUUUUAAUUCCUGGAAGUGACUCUAUCUUGUAAGAGUCGAUGGCAGCACAGGUUUUCUUGGAUGCUGUUUUUUCAAAAGCUUACACUUUUAAUGUUCUCCUAAGUCUCAGGUGCCAUUUUGUUACUUUUUAAAUUGGUUAUUCUGAGGUAAAUUUGGGCAUGAAUCAGCAGAAGCAACUCUGUUCAAAUUCGGAGUUGCAAUUUUACUAUUAGAACUUCUGUUUGGUCUGUUCACUUCUAUUCACAAACCAGUUGCAGCAGACUCCAUAAACUUAGCUAGCAAGGGGGACUGAAGAACGGUGUGACUAGUACUAUCUGUACUUUCUUUUUUUGAAGCAUGUGGGUUCUAAUAUUAGGCUCACAGGACAUCUGUUAACAUGUUGGUUAGUUAAUACAGAACUGAGUGUAAUACCAAGUCCAUAUAUUUUAAUGUGAGGGAACUGGCAGGAAUAUCCAGAGAUUUUUCUGACAUUUUGAUAGCAAGUUCUAGUAUUUGCCUGGUGUAUCUAUAUUUUUUUCAGUUCAUCAGCAGAGUUUGAUAUGUUAAUAUCAAAGGAACAAAACGAAAGCACACUUGUAAUAUGCAGUUGUAAAGAGAAUACGGGCUAGGGGGGUGUCAGGAGAGUCUUAUAAGAAGCAGAAUAUUACUAGUGGGAGCAAUAACUUUCUUGGAUGGUAUAGAAAGGAUUACUCUUUUGUUCUGAAUUUUCUUCAUUUAUCUGUGUUUCAGAAGGCUCUUUUUUUUUUUUUUAAAGAGGAAAGUUAAUUUGCAAGUUGUCAUUCAGUUUUAACUUCUUUGCAUUUAAAGGGACUUAUUAAAGGCCAAAGUUUUGUAAUCUUGUGUACUCUUUUACCGAUUUAGUAAUUCUAACUGGCACUUUUACAGGAUAACUUCAAAGAGAGUUUUGCUGUAGAUAACAGUACUACAAAUUGAUUCAGAAUCAUUUUGGAAGUAUACUGCCUCAUAUGUAGCUUUUAUGCUAUUUUGGAAGCACAAAGGGCUGAACUCGGUCUAGACUCUCAUGCACGUAACAUAUCCCUCACCUGGUCCUAAUAAAUAAUCUCAGUUUAUCACUCUGCAUGAAAGUAAGAACUACUUGAAUGGGAAGGAGGAACGAUGUCACUUCUUACAGACUUAACAGUUUAUAAAGGGUUUCGUGCCUGUCAUUGGAGUAGAAAUUUUCAGUGUCACUUUUAUCAGUAAAUUCUUCAUAUGCUGCUGUUCACUGUAGAACAUGACUGGAGUUUGCAAACCCUGCUUUUUCAUAUGUAGAGAAUAUGAUAAUAAAUUGUUAUAAGCCUAGGUUUCUUUGGCAUAGCUGGCCAAAGAACUAUUUUCAUUGUGUUUUUCCCCUAAUUGGUUGCUUAAGUAGUCAACUUCUUCUUGGCUUGAUGUUCUGGCAGAAAAAAAUUGGGAGUGAUCGUGAUAGAUUUCAUAAUCUCUUGGUCAGAUUUUAAUCCUAAGCAGAAGAAAUGUUAGGGCUGCAGGAAGGAAGUGAGAAGACUCAAAAUUAUUUUUAAAAAUUCACCAGCGCCCUCCUUAAAUUGGAUCUUUAUUUUGUGCAGGGGGCACAAAUUACCACUUUCCUUCAGUCUGUCUAUGAAAAGUGGUGUUUCCUGUCCCCCCUUUAAUGGUUAUAUAGUUAGUUAUAUAUAAAUUUGUGCGUGUAUGUAUAGUUACAGAGUUCCAGAAAAAGAUGAUUCAUACAAUGUUGCAUACGCAAUCUGUCCGAUUUGAGAAGUGAACUGUUCAU